CUGAAAUUCUUUUUUAUCAGAAAGUAACCGUUGUUUAAUCUGCUCUUGCGUACAUUAAUUAUAUUUCCAUGUUUAACCAGAUAACUUAUCAAAAUGUUAUCCAAUAAAAAAGUUAGUCCCCGCAAGAAUAUGAACCCAAGCCCAAAGAGGACUAAGAAGAACCCAUCUGCCAUUAUAUCCAUCCUCUGUCCAGAUGCCGAUAAGCCCCCGAAGGAACCUAAUCCCUUAAAAGAAUCCGGGCCCGAUGGCUUUCAGGCCAAGGAAUGUCCGCGAACGAAAAGCUUCAGGCCACCAGAAGACAGGCGAAAAUAUCUGGAACAGGAGGUGGUUCCCAUUCUAAUGGAGGGCAUGUUGGGAGUGGCCCGCGAAAUGCCCCGCGAUCCGAUUGGUUAUCUGCAGAAGUUUUGGCUUAACGACAAGCACAAGUGUGACAUUCCACUGCCGCAGAAUAUUCUGUAAUACAUGUAUCUGGUGUAACCCAAUCAAAUUUCAAAUUGUCAGCUAA